AAACAGUGGUGUAAACAAAAAAAAAAAAAAGAAUCUCAAAUGUUGAACAUAAUUAUUUAUAUUGCAGUCAUAUUUAAUUUGCGAUUCUCGGUUUGCAAAGAUCAAAUUGUAGAUGUCAAAAAAACUCUCGUUUGGGGACCUGGACUUAAGCCAGACCACAUUGUAUUGCCGGCUCGAUACUUUUUCAUUCAUGCCGUGGACGAGAGUGGAAAAAAGUUUGUCUCGCCUACGUAUGCCAAGUUCCAAGUACAAAUUAAAGGAAACUCGCCGCAUGGAAAAUGCCGUUCCAAUAUAAAUAUUAUUGAUCGCGGAGAUGGAUCCAGCAUUGUUCGUUACACCAUCGGCGAUUCGUGCGACAAUGUCGAGAUUAAUGUGCAAUUUAACAACUCUCAUGUGGCACAAUCGCCGUACAUCAUCCGUAAUAAGGUGUACUCGGAAAGAUGCUACUGUCCCCAGGAGCUCAAUCUUUGGCUUUUAAACAACGAUUGUGCGGAUUUCUCAAGUGACAAACAGAUAUCUUGGGACUUGCACUCCUUCAAGCGUGUGAACUUCAGUGCAAUUCGAGAUAAUCUGUUGAAACGUUAUAAUGCACCCGAGAGCAUCUCUUUGUGCCAUUAUGUGGUGAAGAAUCAGGAGGUUUGGCGCAAAUGCUAUGGCAAAUACACGGGCUUUAAGAUGUUUAUGGAUGCAACGUUAUCUGCAUUAGCUCGUGUUGUCUACUUGCCGGACAUGGAGUUUUAUUUAAACCUCGGCGACUGGCCACUCUCGAAGAAGGGCGGACAACAGCGAACAUCCGGACCCUAUCCAAUAUUCUCUUGGUGCGGAAGCGACGACACUUACGACAUUACAUUGCCCACAUACGAUAUAACCGAAUCCACAAUUGAGAACAUGGGACGUGUUAUGCUGGACAUGUUGUCAGUGCAAAAAAGCGAGUACUCUUGGGACAGUAAAGAGGAGAAGGCAUUCUUUCGUGGCAGAGAUUCACGGCGGGAGCGAUUGCAAUUGAUUGAUCUUGCUAGAAAGUAUCCGGACUUAAUAAACGCCUCAAUUACAAAUUUCUUCUUCUUUCGAAAUGAAGAGGAUAAAUACGGUCCCAAGGUGCCUCAUAUUUCAUUCAUGGAGUUCUUCAGGUACAAAUAUCAACUAAACAUUGAUGGAGCUGUUGCUGCGUAUCGAUUGCCCUAUUUACUUGCAGGCGGAUCAUUAGUUUUAAAGCAAGAUUCGCAUUAUUACGAGCAUUUCUACAGUAAGCUAGUUCCCUAUAAGCAUUUUGUGCCCAUCAAGCGUGAUCUCAGCGAUGUUAUCGAAAAAAUAACUUGGGCUAAAGAAAAUGAUUCGCGUGUCAAGGAAAUCGUAUCGGCAUCCCGACAAUUCGUGGAAGAGAAUCUUAUGCCACAACAUAUUUAUUGCUAUCAUAUGGUAUUAUUUAAAGAGUGGAGCACCCGUCUUAUAGCGCCAGUAGAUGUCCAUCCAGAUAUGGAAAAACUGAACUUUAGUCACACCUGCUCGUGCAAAGAAAAAAUCCUUAGAGACGAACUUUAAACUGAUGUCAUUAAUCUCUGUCUAUCAAUAUAUCUAUGUUGACGUCACAGCUUAGUAUUUCUGCAACAUAUUGAAUUUAUGCAUAUACAAUUUAGAUACCUAUACAGAUAUUAGCCAAAUGUAACAAAUUUCGAUUGCAGUAUCAUGCUUAAUCGACCAAUGUUGUAUUUUAUGUACUUUUCUACAGAUAAAAAACUUUUUGAUUUUCUAUAUAAAAUAGAGCACAUUGCGGUACAAAUAUUUUUUUGUAAAGAAAAUGUUCAAAUUCAGAUUUGGAAAGGAAUUCAAGGAAUUGUUUUGUCCUAAGUAAUCCCCACUCAAGUCUGUAUAGGUAUUAAUGUAAUUUAGUGGAUACUAGAAAAUCUAUGUAGCUUAGCACAUUCCAAAUCAAUAUUGUCUAUCAUUGUCACCAUCACCAAUUGUAUAUGUAAAUCAAUUUCAGCAUCAAAUAUAUUACAUUAUGAACUGA